CAAUAAAAAUGUCAUAUUUGCUUGGGAAGUAUAUAUCAGACGAGGGAAAAGAGAAUAUCAAAAACCAUAAAUACGUGCCUGGAGAGUAUUCUGCUUUGGACAACCUGCUCAAUCCUUUUUGGAUAUGGAUAGUUGAGUUCUUGCCAAAGUGGAUGGCUCCUAAUCUUGUGACUCUGCUUGGCCUGAUUGCUCUUGGAGGGUCUUACUUGCUAAUGCUUGCAUUUGAUCUAUCAAUGACAAAGCCUCUUCCAGGGUUUACGUAUUUGCUUGUUGCAAUUGGAAUCUGGACCUUCCAGACCUUGGAUGCGAUUGAUGGAAAACAAGCAAGAAGAACUGGAAGUAGCUCACCACUUGGACAGCUUUUUGAUCAUGGAUGUGAUGCAGUAUCCUGGGCAUUCUGUAAUAUGAGCGUCGUAUCUUUCUUGGGUCUUGGUCUUUCAUUCAGUGGGAUCCUUUCUAUUUAUGCAUCUAUUGGACCCUUUUUCUUUACGAAUCUGCUUGAGUAUUACAGUGGUGUUUAUAUUUAUUCAGUUGGCCUGAUUGAUGCUACAACCGGUCAAUAUUUACUAAUUUUCUUCAACUUCUUACCCUUCUUAGUUGGAGGAGAUUUUUAUCAAGGCAAAGUUUCCGACAGCUGGACCUUUAUGCCAAGCAUCCUCUCUGAUGGAUAUCUAUUUAAGGACUAUGCUAUGAUAGUUGUUGUAUAUGUUGGAGUAAUCUAUUCUAUCAUUUUGGUAUUUAAAACUUUGAACAGUGUUAAAGGAGCCUACGUAAAAUUUGUUGUCACUCUCCAAAUAAUCCAGCAUAUCGGAAUUUAUGCUCUAAUGUAUCUCUUUGAUCCAAAUAUUCCUUUCAUCAAAAAUAAUGCAGGAUUGGUAUACUUGUCAGUAGUCUUCUUAUUUGUAUUAGUAACUUGCAAACUAAUAAUUUGCCAUAUGGCUAAAAUGGAUUACAAUGUUAUCCACUUCGAAUUUUUGGUCUUUGCUCCAUAUUUCUAUUUGCAAAGCCAAUACAACGGAACUCAGGAGAGCGAAAACACCCUUAAGCUAGUCUUCUAUGCUACCUUUGUCGUUAUGUUCUUCAUCACAUUCAGAUUUAUCCAAACUUGCAUCAACCAGUUGACAGAGUACCUUGGAAUCUACUGCUUCUCAAUUGAAAAGAGAAAAGAAAAGAGUUCUUAA